AUGCGAAAAGUUCUGCAUGUUCUCAUUAUAUUGGAGUGGCUAUCGUUAAUUUUCUCCCAUGUGACUUUUACCAACUUAAAAUGUGGCACAAAUAACAGGAAAGUGGCUGAAUUCGAAAAGUGUUAUAUCAAAGCAGUGAACCGAACUCACAAGUAUGUGGACGUUUAUGUAAAACUUCAUAAGCCUCUUGAUAAUAUGGCUAUGAAUCUUAAGCUUUUGCGUUACGAUCAGGGAUACAAGCCAUUUUUUAUAGACAUGACCUUCGAUUGCUGCCAGUUCCUCAAGAACCAACAAAAUCCGAUUAUUAAAUUCUUCUACGAUGUCUACAAGGAUAAUUCAAACGUAAAUCAUACUUGUCCUAUUGACCAUGAUAUUAUUGUGGACCAUGUGUGGACCGGCAACAUUGAAUCAGGAAUUUCAAAGUAUAUUCCAAUCAUUAAUGGUGAUUACAGUCCUGUAAAGUAUGCCCUGAUUGUUUCGUGCCAAUGA